AUGUCGUUUGGUGAGAUGCCGAUUACUCUAGAUGACGUAUCUUGCUUGCUUCACUUGCCCAUCAGGGGAGUCUUUUGGAGCCCUGAAGAUAUCAGUGAAGCGCUUGUUGUUGAGUGGGUUGUUGAUUACUUAGGAGUGUCACAGAGAAUAGCACAACAACAAGUUCGUGAAUGCAGGGGUUCCUACUAUAAGCUGGAGUGGUUAUAUGAUCGGUUCGUAGAGCAUAUAGCUGCAUCUAGAUGGCAUUAUGCCACUAGAGCUUAUUUGCUGACGUUAGUGGGUUCCACUAUUUUCGCGGACAAGACGUUUACGCUUGUCGAGGCAUGA